AUGGCGGCCGAACUACAGCCGCCUGGAUUAGGAACCCAACUCACAACCCUUCUUCCCGGAGCAUCAGCAGCAGCACCUCAGAAUGUCCCACCUUCAUCGACCACCGAACCAAACCCCGGCUCAACUCUAGCCCCAAAACGGCACCGGCGUCCCAGUGUUCGAUUAGGCGACAUCGGAGACCAACCCGCCACUCUUCGGACCUCCAAACCAUGGCGGCUCAACCCCAACUCGCACCCACAUCGAGAACAUCAUAACCCUAACAAAUCCUCCAAGAUUCGCCCGUUAACUAAUCUUGUUGCCCCCAUUAAUGGCAAUUUCGAUUACUCCUCCGCGGAAACCACAACAACCAACAAUAACGGGAUAAUCUCUCACCGGAAGUUUCCGAAAGAGUUCAAAUCUAAGAGGGCUACUAGUACUAACAGUUCGAAGAGGGUUCGAACCAAUUUGAGGGUUGAAGAAGAUGAUGAUGAGGAGGAGAGAGAAAAUGGAGGUAAUAAUCAUGAUUUUAAUGAAUUUGAUGAGGAUAUUGAUGAGGAUAACAACAAAAAUAAUAACAAUGGGGAAGAAGGGUUUAGAGAUUUCGACCCAGAAAUUGAUGGGCCUGAAAGCCCAAUUAACUCAGGGGAUGAUGUUGGGGUUAAUCUAGAUAUUUGGCAUGCUCAUAAUCGAAGGUCAAUUAGAGCAACUAGGGUUUCAAAUUCGCAGCAAGAAAUGGGGAUGGAAUCGAAUUCCAGAAAUAGAGGAAGUGGAUUGGAAGAAGGGGUAAGGAAAUGGCUGGUUGAAUUGGGGUUGGGACGAUACGCCCCGGUUUUCGAAAUUCAUGAGGUUGAUGAGGAGGUGUUGCCAUACUUGACCCUUGAUGAUCUUAAAGAUAUGGGGAUAAAUGCAGUUGGUUCAAGAAGGAAAUUGUAUUCUGCCAUUCAAAACCUCAGGAAAGGUUUAUCGUGA